CUCUUUUUCCUCCCGUUCUAUACACACUCACGCAAGCACGCUGAGCUACAUACGUUUGUCUCUGUUUCUGCGGAUGUCUCUGCUACAUCCGCCGAUCAUGUCUGUUCAUCAAAUUGCGUACAUGGAGAACUUGGAUUCGGAAUGGGGCUGGUUUGGACCCGGUGUACUGUACGGGAAGGACAUCUGGCUCUCAUAUAUGAGGUUUUUCAUCUGCCUGCUGUUUAUAGACUCAGUAAGGGUUUGGGCGGGUAUGGAGUUCGAAGGGGUGUCUUACGGACUGGAUGGCUGGCAGGGCGCGAAGAAGGGUUGAUCUUGACCGCUGUAGUAGUCCUGCGAAGCUUGAAUAUAGUCCGUUACCUCUUGCUUUCUAUGUCUUCUUGGUGUCUUGUAGUGUGUGCGAUCUCCUCGGUCUACCUCUCCAUGCCCGCGUAGUGAGUGUUGUCGCUGUCUAGCGCAGGAUGGGGGCGCCUCCGCAUACGGGAUUCUAGCGGACUACAGC